CCCUCUUUUUUUUUUCUCGCGGCUUAACCCUACUAUCUUCAACCCCUUUAACAAUGCCACGCUGGUCCUGGUCCAGGUAACAAUGCCAAUGCAGACAAAUAAGAGAGGCAGCCAUUCCACUCGGCUAUAGACUGAAUACCUUUACAAUAAGAGUACUAGUCCCAUUAUCCCGCCCUGGUAAGGUAUGUAUACACUUAUCGUCGCUUCUCUUGAUGGGCGUUUAACUGUCGACCUUUAACCCUCCAAGGCUUCUCGAGAGCUACUGAUAUGCCCACCUCCCUUGACCUCCCUUGGUUCUCAGCAUCUGACAACGACAAUAGAUUUCCUUUUCUUGUCCAGGCUUUACAGGCCCCGGGUUCGAUCUAGUGUCAUACCGACCCCCUCACAAGAUGAACAUCGCACCAUUCAAGGGGCUGCCCCUAGCCCCGGCAAACGUUGAGAUGAGCCAUUUUGAUGCCUACAUCAAGGAGACCAGAGAUAUCCUCCAAGCGCAGCAUCCGUGUCAGAUCGUCACGCCGGAUAUGCUCGCCGCUGCUAUCCAGACUCGCGCUCGCGCCGAGUUAGCUCAGAUACGAGAGCGCGAGAAAGCCCGCCAACAAGCCACUGAAGAAGACCUCCAGAUGGCCGGCAUCGUCAACGACGAGGAGGUCAUCAACGAGUCCCUCAAACACGGCGUCGAAGCGCAGGACUGGCACGAGGCCGAGGCCCACGACGUCUCAGAGCAGGAGCGCGUCAAGCGCAUCAAGCUCGAAAACCCCGUCUUCACUCUCCAGGACGACAUGGGAGGCAUGGCCAUGAGCUUCAACCUCAUCGACAAACUAUCCGAGAACGUCGAGCUCGCCGUCAACCUCGGUCUGCAUCUCGACCCCGCCGACGUCGUCCACCUCUUUUCCGUGAGCAAGAGGUUCAACCGGACCAUCAGCGGCAACAUGACCUCCUCCAUCCGGACCUGGGUGCGCGAGCACGCCGGGGAGAGCAGCGAGAUCUUCUCUUUCAAGCUCUACCGUCACCUCUGCAUCCGAGACCCGGCCGGCCGCACCAACGCCUUCGCCGCCGAACAUCCCGACCCUGUCGACCCGGACCAGCAGGCCAUUCGCCACGUCCCUUCGCUGCGCUGGUACCACAUGGUCGUGCUUCGUGAACGCUGCGUGGACGAUAUCGUCGAUGCCUUGGAGCGAUCUGGGUACUACCUCCCCCGUGGCAUGGAAAAGACACUGAAGAAAAUGUGGCUCCUCAUGGACGUCGCCACCACAAAGGGCCGUCGCGACAUGAUCGGCAAUACGGCGCUCUGGUCAAAAACAGACCUGUACCAUGCCCAGUUAUUCAUCGUCAAGCUGAACAUGUUCUUCAGCGACCCCAUCUUCCUCCCCCGUGACGGCAACUCCCUCCCCAGGCUCCUGCUCGGCCAGCGGGGCCUCUAUAGGCUCUGGCAAGCUCUGACCGACCGUGCCUGGACCAAGCCCCGAGAGGUCACCGAGCUCAAGGUCCGGUAUGACUACAUCCCUACCUACCCACAGUUCCGCCGGGCCCUGUUCGGCGAGACCGUCUUUGGCGUCCACCCUUACGAGGUUGGUGUUGUUCACCUCGAGGGUUGGGGUCGCGGGUCUGGCCAUCUCAUGCGCCCGGACGAGUUGAUAGUCGAGGAAGCUAAUCGCCGAGUCUUCACUGUCGAUAAGCAUAUCAUUUACAUGAUCCUCUGGGGACCCGUCGAGAAAGGCCCCUUUCGCAAGAGAGCUCGCAGCGAAAGUGAAAGCGACAGCGACAGCUCCCCCGUCACUACCAUACCCUCCGCUGCAGCUGCUGCCGCCGUCGUUGAUGCUAGUACUGGUAUUAUUAACCAUGCCGUAUCCGAGGAGUUGGUCAUCAGCUCAGACGAUGAGGCAGACAGCGAGUGCGAAGAUGGCUAUUACUACGACGAUGAUGAGGACGACGAUGAUUUGCUGACCGAAGAAGAGAAGAUCCCCAACUGGACCGACCUUCUCCCCUUUGAGAAAUCCAUCAUCAUGCUGGAAAACGUCGACCCUGUCAACGCCGAGCGCCAAUUCCUCUUCCAGCGACAAGCCGACCUCCAAGCCUCCAGUGCUGGCUUCGGAACCAACCGGCGCGGCGAGGGAGACGGUGAGGACGACGGGACCAAUGAAGAAGGAGGAGAAGGAGGAGAAGGAGGAGAAGAAGAAGAAGAAGAAGAAGAAGACGGCCUCGAUUUCUCCGCCCUCCCAAAUCCAGAUGACAGAGACCCACGCCGCGUUGAUAUCCUCUCCGCGCCGGUUCAUCGCGCCGCGGUUCCCGGCGACGCCCCGGUGACCGCCGCCAUCCAAGUCGCCCUCGACGCGGCCGCUCGAACCGCCGCGCCAGAUGCCGGCACCGAUGAGGACGUCCGCGAUCAUGUCACCCGUAUGUUCUUCGGGCCGGUCGGAACUCCCGACGAGCCGGAUCUCCUUGCCCGCGCCGAUCGCGCCUGGGACGACUACGAAGCGGAGGAUCUCGACCCGGAUUGGCGUGCCUAUGUCGAGGAGAUCAACGCACCCGAUGACGAAGACUUCGACGAUUUUGACAAUGUGCUCUUCUACCACCGCGGCGAUGGCUAUGGGAGCGAGUAUGACGGUUAG